AGUGCUCAGAUCUUAAGCUCUGAUCUUCUUGGAAAAGAACAAUGAAUAUUUUUCAUAGGCUGUUUACAUUAUUCAUGUACUUGUGCACACCUAUCUUACUUGUGGAACUUCCUUUGUUUCUUUAUUAUGCACUCAAGAAAGCACCAGUGCCACCAGAAUCCAAAGAUCCAAUAAAGCUACGAGUGUAUCAUGCAGUCUCACUGUUGGUUUUUCGUUUGGGGAAGAUUUUUGAGAAAUUAGGGAUCUGCAGCCAAAUUACAUUUGUUAGAUUUGUGUUAAAUGUGUCACCUGCUGGGAAUAAGUCAAAUCUCUCCAUUUGGGAUACAAAGUUUGAACAAGUGCCAGUAACGAUUUACCAACCGAACAGCCCUUCUACUCAGCCAAGGAAAGGACUGAUCUACCUACAUGGAGGAUGUGGGAUUUUUGGAAGCAAGAGAGGCUAUGAACGAGUAUGCCGCCAUCUUGCCCGAAAAAGUGACUCAGUGGUUGUGUAUGUUGAGUAUCGACUAGCCCCUGAGCACCGACAUCCAGCUCAAUUAUUAGACUGUCUCACAGCUGCAACAUACUUCCUGAAAAAUUCAAAAGACUAUGGAGUGGAUCCUAACUGCAUUAUUCUUGCUGGAGAAAGCAGUGGAGGUGCACUUGUUGCUGCUAUUUGCCGAGAAUUGGUAAAAAGUUCAACAACCCCAAAGAUUCGAGCCCAGAUCCUGAUCUACCCAUUCCUCCAGAUAAUGGAUCUUUCUUUGCCAUCCCAUCAGCAAAAUCACUGUGGACCCGGAUUGACCCGUAUGCGAGCUAUGAAACUUGGCUUACUGUAUAUAAAGGGGGAAAGUCAGGAUGUCAAUAUAUUCAUCAACAAUGCCCAUGUUCCUGAGGUCAUGAAGACGAAAUACAAGAAAUGGAUUAGUGCAGACUGUGUACCAGAGGAAUUUAAAGUCAGGGGCUAUAAGCCACCAUUGCCUGUUCCCUUUUCAAAAGAACUGUAUAAACAAGCCAGACUGAAUGACGAGUCAAUGCUGUCACCAAUUUUAGAUGAGGAUGCCGUUAUCCAACAGCUCCCACAGACUUACCUUUUAACCUGUGAAUAUGAUCUAAUAAGAGAUGAUGGACUGUUAUACAAGAAACGGCUCGAGGAAAAUAAUGUGGCUUUAACAUGGAAACAUAUAAAGGAGGGAUUCCAUGGAUUUCUAAUGUUUAUUGAGGCUGGGCCAUUAGAAUUUUCAUGUUCGAAAACAGCAUGUGAAGAUAUAGUGCAGUUUAUAAAAGGAUUAUAAACAUGACGACAACCGGCCCAAGAGUUCUGAUCUCCUACUUCCGUAGUACCUGGUAAAUGUGGACGGAGAACAAGCAGCAGCUGCAACAUAUUCUCUGAAGGAAGCUUUUCAUGUAGGCCAGGAUCUGUGAGGCUGCUUCUGUACUAUGCUGCAACUGAUGGGGCUUUCUCUCUUUCCACAGAAGCCCUUCACUGCAUAUCCCUGAAAGUCUAGUUAUGAGGGUCAAGGGAUCUUCCAGGGCAGUCUCUAGCAACAGUUCCAUCAACUACAGACAGAAAGGAAAACUAGGCAAAGUUCUGUGGAUGGGUGGAAGUAUUUCAUACAUGUUUAUGGGGCACAUAAAAGGACAGAAUGUUCUGUAUAAUUGUGUAGUGCAAGAGCCUUUCCAUUCUGUAUAAAAAAUUCUGGUCCUAUUCAGGCAGAACUGUUGUAGGAGUUCGACAUGGCACGCAAAUAGGUGAAUAUUUCUUCCAAAAUUCACAAAUAUAGCUUAAAACCAGAAAAAAGUAUAAAUAAUUAAUGUGAUUUUUUUGAGUGUGUACCACCUUCAGUGCAAGAAAGGAUGGCAGCUGACAUUAUUACCAAUGUGAUUCACAAACAGCUUUAUCCAGUUCAAUUUUUCUAAACUGGUUUGAGCGCCAGUCCUCUGGCAGGUGAUCAAAAGUCAUUUCUAGCACAAUUAUGCAAUAUUCCACCUUUUCAUGUCUACAAACUGGCAAUCCUUUCCCAUGAUAACGCCUGUGCUGUGACUUGCAAAGUCAAUCAGCAUGACACAAAACUUUCUGUGUAAGAUAUGUAGCCUGCUGUUACACAUGUUAACUCAGAAGUGUCACUGAAUUCACUGGGGGGAUGCUCCUGAGAACGUGGGCAUACAAUUGGAGCCUUAACUAUAGACCUCUCCUAAUCUAAAAGCGUCUGGGUCUGAUUCCCCUACCCAUAUUAGUAGCCAUAUUCUCUAGUAAAGCCAUGUGCUAUGAGUUAAUUAAUUCAACCUCUUUUUUUCUGGAUGAAUAUUUAUCUUAAAAAUAAAAUUUAAAAAACCCGUUGA